CCAGCGGCGCGCGGGUCUGGCUCGGGACGCCUCGGGCUCGGGCUCUGGCUGCGGCUGCUGCAGCGGCGCCCGCCCUCCGGUGCGCUCGGCCUCCCGGGUCCGCCGCGGAGCGCAGUUCGAACGCCCGCCGAGCGCCGGCCGGGUCCUCCUCCCGAGCCUGCCGCGAUGGCAGCUGCGCCGGGAAUCCCGAGCAAUCUCCGCCGGCUGCCCCUGCUCAGCGUCCUGCUGUUGCCGCUGCUGGGCGGUGCCCAGGCAGCCCUUGUCUUCAUCAAGGAGCCAUCCUCCCAGGAUGCACUGCAGGGGCGCCGGGCGCUGCUCCGCUGUGAGGUCGAGGCCCCAGGCCCGGUGCAUGUGUACUGGCUGCUGGAUGGGGCCCCCGUCCGGGACACCGAGAGGCGUUUCGCCCAGGGCAGCAGCCUAAGUUUUGCUGCUGUGGAUCGGCUGCAGGACUCUGGAGCCUUCCAGUGCGUAGCGCGGGACAACACCACGGGAGAGGAGGCCCGCAGUGCCAACGCCUCCUUCAACAUCAAAUGGAUUGAGACCGGCCCUGUGGUUCUGAAGCACCCAGCCUCAGAAGCCGAGAUCCAGCCUCAGACCCAGGUUACACUGCGCUGUCAUAUUGAUGGGCACCCUCGGCCCACCUAUCAGUGGUUCCGAGAUGGGAACCCCCUCUCUGAUGGCCAGAGCAAUCACACGGUCAGCAGCAAGGAGCGAAACCUGACCCUCCGGCCGGCCAGCCCAGAGCACAGUGGCCUCUACUCCUGCUGUGCCCAAAACGCCUUUGGGCAGACCUGCAGCAGCCAGAACUUCACCUUGAGCAUUGCUGAUGAGAGCUUUGCUAGGGUAGUGCUGGCGCCUCAGGACAUUGUGGUGGCAAGGAAUGAGGAGGCCAUGUUCCACUGUCAGUUCUCAGCCCAGCCACCCCCGAGCCUGCAGUGGGUCUUUGAAGAUGAGACUCCCAUCACUAACCGCAGCCGCCCCCCGCACCUCCGCAGAGCCACUGUGUUUGCCAAUGGGUCCCUGCUGCUGACCCAGGUCCGGCCGCGCAACGCAGGGGUCUACCGCUGCAUAGGCCACGGGCAGAGGGGCCCUCCCGUCAUCCUUGAGGCCACACUUCACCUGGCAGAGAUUGAAGACAUGCUGCCAUUUGAGCCACGGGUGUUCACAGCUGGCCGCGUGGAGCGCGUGGCCUGCUUGCCCCCCCAGGGCCUGCCGGAGCCCCGUGUGUGGUGGGAGCAUGCGGGAGUCCGGCUGCCCACCCACGGCAGAGUCUUCCAGAAGGGCCAUGACCUGGUGUUUGCUGGAACCAUCGAGAGUGACGCUGGCGUCUACACUUGCCAUGCAGCCAACCUGGCCGGUCAGCGGCGACAGGAUGUCAACAUCACUGUAGCCACUGUGCCCACGUGGCUGAGGAAGCCCCAGGACAGCCAGCUGGAGGAGGGCAAGCCAGGCUACUUGCAUUGCCUGACCCAGGCCACCCCCAAACCCACAGUCAUCUGGUACAGAAACCAGAUGCUCAUCUCAGAGGACUCGCGGUUUGAAGUCUCCAAGAAUGGGACCUUGCGUAUCAACAGUGUGGAAGUGUAUGAUGGCACAUGGUACCGCUGUGUGAGCAGCACCCCAGCCGGCAGCAUCGAGGCCCAGGCCCGUGUCCAAGUGCUGGAAAAGCUCAAGUUCACACCACCGCCCCGGCCGCAGCAGUGCAUGGAGUUUGACAAGGAGGCCACAGUACCCUGCUCAGCCACAGGCCGAGAAAAGCCCACAAUUAAGUGGAUUCGGGCAGAUGGGAGCAGCCUCCCCGAGUGGGUGACAGACAACGCCGGGACCCUGCACUUCUCCAGGGUGACUCGUGAUGACGCCGGCAACUACACUUGCAUCGCCUCCAAUGGGCUGCAGGGCCAGAUCCGUGCCCACGUCCAGCUCACUGUGGCAGUUUUCAUCACCUUCAAGGUGGAGCCAGAGCGCACGACCGUGUACCAGGGCCACACGGCCCUGCUGCGCUGUGAGGCCCAGGGAGACCCUAAGCCGCUCAUUCAGUGGAAGGGCAAAGACCGCAUCCUGGACCCAACCAAGCUGGGACCUAGGAUGCAGAUCUUCCAGAAUGGCUCCCUGGUGAUCCAUGACGUGGCCCCCGAGGACUCGGGCCGCUACACCUGCAUCGCGGGCAACAGCUGUAACAUCAAGCACACGGAGGCCCCCCUCUAUGUUGUGGACAAGCCAGUGCUGGAGGAGUCCGAGGGCCCAGGCAGCCCUCCCCCCUACAAGAUGAUCCAGACUAUCGGGCUGUCUGUGGGUGCUGCUGUGGCCUACAUCAUUGCCGUCCUGGGCCUCAUGUUCUACUGCAAGAAGCGCUGCAAGGCCAAGCGCCUACAGAAGCAGCCAGAGGGCGAGGAGCCCGAGAUGGAGUGUCUCAACGGUGGGCCUUUGCAGAACGGGCAGCCCUCCGCGGAGAUCCAAGAGGAAGUGGCCCUGACCAGCUUGGGCUCCGGCCCUGCGGCCACCAACAAACGCCACAGCACAACUGAUAAGAUGCAUUUCCCGAGGACCAGCCUGCAGCCCAUCACCACACUGGGGAAAAGUGAGUUUGGGGAGGUGUUCCUGGCGAAGGCGCAGGGCGUGGAGGAGGGGGUGGCAGAGACCCUGGUGCUUGUGAAGAGCCUCCAGAGCCGAGACGAGCAACAGCAGCUGGACUUCCGGAGGGAGUUCGAGAUGUUCGGGAAGCUGAACCAUGCCAACGUGGUGCGGCUCUUGGGGCUGUGCCGGGAAGCCGAGCCCCAUUACAUGGUGCUGGAGUACGUGGACCUGGGAGACCUCAAACAGUUCCUGAGGAUUUCCCAGAGCAAGGAUGAAAAACUGAAGCCACAGCCCCUCAGCACCAAGCAGAAGGUGGCACUGUGCACCCAGGUGGCCCUGGGCAUGGAGCACUUGUCCAACAAUCGUUUUGUGCACAAGGACCUGGCCGCUCGGAACUGCCUGGUCAGCGCCCAGAGACAGGUGAAGGUGUCGGCCCUGGGGCUCAGCAAGGACGUGUACAACAGCGAGUACUACCACUUCCGCCAGGCCUGGGUGCCACUGCGCUGGAUGUCCCCCGAGGCCAUCCUGGAGGGUGAUUUCUCCACCAAGUCGGAUGUUUGGGCCUUUGGCGUGCUGAUGUGGGAAGUGUUCACCCACGGAGAGAUGCCCCACGGUGGGCAGGCGGACGAUGAAGUGCUGGCCGACUUGCAGGCUGGAAAGGCUAGACUCCCACAGCCUGAGGGCUGCCCUUCCAAGCUCUACCGCCUGAUGCAACGCUGCUGGGCCCUCAGCCCCAAGGACCGGCCAUCCUUCAGUGAGAUCGCCAACACCUUGGGAGACAACCCUGCAGACAGCAAGCCGUGAGGAAGGAGCCCAAGCAGGCUGUGCCUCAGGAUGGCAUGGGCAGGGGAGGUUUUCUUCCCACAGCAUGAUGGGCAAGAUCCCUGUCCUCCUUGGCCCCAGGAGCCCUGCCCUGGGACCACAGGCACUAUUAAGGUCUGGGCAGGGCCUGGACUUUCCUCUUCUCCCUCAUCCUCAGCCCUGGGGAGGCUGAUUCAGACCCAGACUGAGUGACUAGGGCCUUGAGCUGGGCAGCCUUCUCUGCCACCCCUUCCCCCAUCAGGGACAGUGUGGGUACCUCAGGUAACCCCAGUUUCUGGCCUGGGUCUCCUCCCAUUGACCAGGUCCAGUUCUGCCACUCACCUGCCAAGUUGGCCCAGGGAGGGCUAGGCUGUAGAUGAGCCGGGUCUGAGGGGAGUUCCUUAAUAUACUCAAGUUUCUGGGUAGUUCUGGUCCCUGGGGCCCACCCUGGGCUCUGCACCAGGAUUACGGAGGAUGCGCCAGUGAAUCCUCCAAACCGUGGACUUGUGCACACUGACCCAGACCCAUGCCUCCUCCUCACCCUUCUCUCCUUUCCUCAUCCUAAGUGCCUGGCAGAUGAAGGAGUUUUCAGGAGCUUUUCACACUAUAUAACCCGCCCUUUUUGUAUGCACCGUGGGCGGCUUUUGUAUGUACUUGCAGCGUGGGGUGGGGGGCAUGGGAGGGAGGGGUGGGCCACCCCUGCCUCACACCUUUAUUGUUGUUGUUGUUGUUUGUUUGUGUUUUUUUUUUUUAAACACUCGCUGCUCUCAAUAAAGAAGCCUUUUUUACA